GGCUGGAGUGCAACGUUGGUUGCAUGGUUGGUAGUAGUGGUUGUAGCGGUUGUAGCACGCGGGUUGUUGCACCGUGAUAGCCGUCACAGGUUCCGUGUCCCAGCCAACGAACGCAAAAACUCUUGCAGCCGUACCAUCCAUCUAUUUAUGCUGCUUGCAGCGGCGGAAAGCUAUGUCGCAAGCCCACCCCGUAAAGCGGCGCAAGGUGUACUUGGAUCGCGACCAGCCCUUUCAGGUGCCGGCGUCAAGUUUUUACAAACGAAUAAAGGACCACGCCGCAGCAACGUCAAGUGGUGCCAGUGGUGCUAGCACAAGCCGCUGCGAUGGAGACGACGACUCGAUAGACGCUACGGCGCCUAGUAUUGUGCACAGCGACGACGACGGUGAUCGAGUUGCGUCCGAUUCCAGCGUACACAGCGAUGACGAACGUAGCUGUGACAUCAGCACGUUCUCCACGAGUGACGACGGGGAGGAAAAUUCUGACGAAUACAGCAGUUUUGAGGAUGACGACGAGGAGGACACACCAGAGGAUGAGCAUGACUUUCUGCCCCAGAUUUCCGGCUUCAGCCUGGAAACCUUGCCUGGCUCCCAAGUAACGAAAGCCGGUGCAGUCGCAGCGGUCAUGGCAUACGCCGUUGCCCACGGACUUACUUGGACAGCACUAGGUGACCUCUCUAAGCUCAUCAACUUUCUCUUUGGUGCCAAUGUCUUACCGCGGAGCGAGUACAUGUUUAGGAAACUGUGGACUAGAGAGACAGAAGAAGUUUUGCAUUACUUCUACGUCUGUGAAGCAUGCAGCAAUGAAAUGACUAUGGAAGGAAAGGUGGCCAAGUGUGCACUAUGCAAGCGCACUGGAAGCCUUCAAUCAUUGAAAGAGCGAGGCUCAUUUUUCAUCAUCCUAGAUCUCCACAAGCAGCUCAGCUCCCUGCUCGAAAAAACGAAAUCUCAAUUAGAGCCACAUUUGGCAAAAGUGCGGCAACAUGGAACAACAAUUACUGAUAUCACAAACGCCCAGUGCUAUCGUAAUCUGCAAAAAGCAAGAAACCUGGGGAAUGAUGAUUUGACCUUGACCAUUAAUACUGAUGGUAGCCCAGUCUUUAAGUCCUCGAAGACGUCUGUGUGGCCCCUACAAUUCAUUGUGAAUGAGCUUCCACCACAGCUGCGGCUGAAACAUCCAGUCCUUGCAGGACUGUGGUUUGGGAAGACACAUCCAAACAUGCAGCUCUUUCUAGACAAGUUUGUCUGUGAAGUAAACAGCGUAAAGCCAGUCCAGUGGGUUUAUAACAAUGAGGUUCACACAUCACGCCCUUUUGUGUUGUGCUGCUCUGUGGACGCGCCUGCGAGAGCAGCUGUUCAAAACAUGGUGCCCUUCAAUGGAUAUUUUGGAUGCCCAUGGUGCCUUAUUAGGGGCGAACAUGUUGAAGGAAGCAUGAGAUAUGUGACCAACGAGCCUGUUGAGAUGAGGACAACAGAGAUGCUCAAGAGAGAUAUGAAGCUGGCGCUUGAUUACAAGGACGUCAUCAACGGCGUGAAAGGACCAUCAGCAUUGUUCAAUUUGAAAGGCUUGGACCUCGUGAAUGGUCAGAGUGUGGAGUAUAUGCACUGUGUACUUCAAGGUGUCUCCAAACAGCUGACGGAGAUGAUCCUGUCUUCUUCAAACUCCAACGAGCGCUUCUAUGUUGGUGCACCUUCAAUUUUGGCUAAGGUAGAGUCACGACUGCUUGCCAUAAAGCCCCCACACUGCGUGACCAGGCUGCCACGACCACUGAAAGAUCGUGGCCACUGGAAGGCAUCAGAGUGGAGGCAAUGGAUAUUAUUCUAUGCACUCCCUUGCCUUCACGGUAUCCUGCACCCCGAAUAUUGGAGGCACUUAUCGAAGCUCUCGGAGGCAAUACACAUCCUUCUUCGUGAAGAAUUAGACCCUUGUGAUAUCGACAAAGCAGAGGCACUCCUGGGCAAUUUCGUAUCCCGUUGCGAGGCACUGUACGGCACAUCGUUCAUGACAUUCAACGUGCACGCCUUGCAGCAUCUGGGGAAUUGUGCACGCUCACUUGGACCACUUUGGGCACAUUCUGCCUUCGUAUUUGAAGGUGGAAAUGGAGGCAUAGUGCGCCUGGUGUCUGCUGCACAUGGCCUACCGCAGCAGAUCACUGAGCGUGUGAUAAUGACUCAAAAACUACAUCAACUUCUAGACAGUUCCCUUCUAUCGUCAUCUGAAAAAGAAAAGUGCAAAGCGCUCAUAGGAUACACACCACUCAAAAAUGCUCUAAACGUCUGCAGUGUGACUUUGCUGGGCAAGGGCAAAGAGCGAGGUCUCAGUGCUAACGAGCGAGAGAAACUUCUGCAUUCGUGCGGCAUCUCCUUAACGCAGGCAAUGGAGUACGAACGUUUCGUCAUGAAAAAGCAAGUGUUCCACAGCACUACCUACCAGAGAGCGUCAAAAUCGGACACUACGUUUGUCAAAACUGACAGUGGUUCAUAUAAGCGCAUCGAACACAUACUGUUUUUUAAAGAAGUGGACCUAUGUGCUCUUUUCUGCAGGCCACUCAUCAUUGCCGACACAGCUGCAGUGCCUCCUCAUGUUAAAGAAUGUUUCUUAUCGCCAGACAGAGAUUUAGAGUUGUUGCUUCCCAGGCAAGUGAUUGAUAGUUGUCUUUACAUAAAUUUAGCAAAUGAAGAGAAGACGUUCAUUUGCGACUUGCCAAACAAAAUUGAAAGAGAUUGA